CUAUUUUGCGUGACCAUAGAUUAAUGUGUAACCCACAAUCAAAAUGAGCCAAAAAAUAUCACAUAAAAUUUCCGCUAACAGUUCAAAUUGUAUAUGCAGAAUUUGUUUUAAAGAAGCAAACAUUUUAAUAAGUGUAUAUGAUAAAAUAGAAAAAGGAUUCUUCCAGAACAUUUUUGUUUAUAAUGCCUUAAGAGAAGUAUUGGGAAAAAGUAUUAUAGAACUUGCUGGAGAUAUUUGUACUUUCAUAUGUUCGGAGUGCUUGGAAAAUUUGAAAAUUGCCUACGGAUUUAAAUUGCAAUGUCAGGAGUCUGAAAAACUGCUAACUGAAUUUUGGGAACUCUCAAAAUUAGAAAUCGCUAAAGCUCGGCCAAUACAAGAAGAUGUAGAUUCAGCAUCUGUAGAAAUAAUAUCUAAAAGUGGAAGAUUUGAUCUAAAAGACUUGUUUGUUAUUGAAGGCAAUAACAAUGAAGAAAAGUCUUCAUUUAGUGGUUUUCUUAAAAAUUUAGGAACUGAAAUUUCGGCUGAAUUUGUUCAUAAAAACAGCAGAAAGAAAGACAUCAACAAAUUUAGGGACACUUAUUCUGUAUCAAUUGAAAAGAUUAGUAACUUUAAGAAAAACAAAAUCAUUAAAACUGAUAGUUAUGUCAGCCAAAUUAAAGACAUCAAUCAAUUUGCAUGCAGAAAGUUUAAGAGGACUUCUAGCAGUCAAUUAGUAUUUGAAGACCAUCAGAAGAGGUAUGAUAGAAAUACAUUUUUGUGCCACUUGUGUGGUCAUAUUGCCAAGACAAAGUCAAGCUAUUAUAAUCAUAACAUCUCUAAACACAUGGAAAAGAAGUUUGAGUGCAAACUGUGUGGGAAGAAGUACUUGUAUAGCAGUAAUCUACAAGUUCAUAUAAAUGCUAUCCAUUUGGCAAAUAAAUCAUAUUUGUGUACAAGAUGUGGUAAAAGGUUCAGUUAUUCAAAUGCUUUAGAAUAUCACAUGAGACUUCAUACAGGUGAAAAAAAGUACGUUUGUACUUAUUGUGGAAAACGUUUUACAAUGGCAGGCAGUUUAAAGAGGCACAUUCGAACACAUACAGGUGUACGACCCUACAGUUGUCGCUACUGCGACAAAUCCUUUCGAUCCAAGGGAGAAGUGGACUGCCAUGAAAUGACUCACACUGGUUAUCGGCCAUACACUUGUAAAUAUUGUGGGAAGGGAUUUACAAAGACACAUAAUUUAAAAGUGCACAUACAGUGCCACCCUGGGCCUCACAUAUGCUUUAUUUGUUACAAGACAUUCACUGAAACUGCCUAUGUUAAAACGCAUUUAAAAGUUGUUCAUGGAGUUAAAGAGCUACCAAAUGAAAAUCUUUUGGAGGACAAAUAGUGUAGACACUGACCGAUCUAAUAAAUUUUUCUCUAAUAAAUGAGCACUUUCUUCAGUCCUGAAUGGGUGUCUUGGAUCAAUUUCUUUUAUUUUACGUGCCAGUUCUCUAAUAUCAC